AGAUGCACCGUCACUGUAAACAAACGGUGUGGUCCAAAAGCAUAAUGGUGUUAUCCAGUGAAGGCUUCAACCUACAAACCUCUCCUUAUAAUCACCCUCUUAUUUACGCUUCUUCUUUCUCUCUCCACUCUUCUUUUCCUCACUAAACUCUUCUUUUCACACCCCUUAUCACAAAAUUAGGGUUUUCCAAAAAAUAAUAUUUUUUUAAUGUAAUAAACAAAUUAAACAAUCGUAGUCAAAAUAACCAAAUUUAACCUGGAGAGUUUGUAGAAAUAUGGUUGUCGAUGAUAUUAUGAGCUCCGUCUUCGCUGGCUGUGGUGGUUCAUGUUCUUCUCGAUUCUCUGAAGCUUAUCCCAAAAGGGGUUUGAUGGAAGGGAGAUAUAGUGGGGAUUGAUAUGAUGAUGAAGGUGUUUAUAAGGUUGUUAUUUUGUUGAAUUGUUUUUGGGAUGGCAAUAUUUUAUCAACCAGCAAUAAUAGAACUCAUCAACAAGAUGAGGUAGCAUUGGCGAUUCCUGUUUCGCUUCUUUGUCAAUGGAGAAUCAUCAGAAUCAUCACCCUUCAACGUUAUUGUCUAUGGAUUCGAGUGCGUCUUCUCAUGAGGAACUGGACUUGGAGAUGAAUCGGCAGAUCAUACUUUCUCGUCCGCCGGAUAUUAAUUUGCCUCUUUCUGCUGAACGUAGUCCGCCGCCUCAGUCGUGGAAUUCUGAUCCUUGUGAUAUUCUGGAUGUUGGUCUUGGUACUCAAGGGUAUGAGACUGAGACUUUUCUUACUUUGCCUAAGGUUGGAAGAAAAUGUGCUAAGCGAGUUGAUAGCAUAUGGGGUGCUUGGUUUUUCUUUAGUUUUUACUUUAAGCCGUCGUUGAAUGAUAAAUCGAAGGCCAAGAUUAUCAGGGACGGAAAUGGUAUUUCGGGUUUUGAGAAAUCGGAUCUCAAUCUUGAUGUUUUCAUGGUUCAACAUGAUAUGGAAAAUAUGUACAUGUGGGUUUUCAAGGAGAGGCCUGAAAAUGCCUUGGGGAAGAUGCAGCUGAGGAGUUACAUGAACGGUCAUUCUCGCCAGGGGGAGCGUCCGUUUCCUUUUAGCGUUGACAAAGGAUUUGUUCGAUCCCACCGGAUGCAAAGGAAGCAUUAUAGAGGACUUUCAAACCCUCAGUGUGUACACGGCAUUGAGGUUUUUCCUUCACCCAAUCUGAUGAAUCUUGACGAGGAUGAUCGGAAAAGGUGGAUUGAACUCACUGGCCGUGAUUUGAAUUUCACAGUACCAACUGAAGCAAGUGAUUUUAGUUCGUGGAGAAAUCUUCCCAACACGGACUUUGAGCUUGAGAGACCUCUUCCUUCAAUCAAGAGUGCUGCAAAUGGACACCCUCCUAAGAAGCUGCUUAAUGGGUCUGGGCUGAAUCUGUCAACUUCUCUGUCUAACCACACCAACGGCGAUUUGUUGGACCUACCUUCUGCCAACGGAAAAAAGAGGAAAGACUUUUUCCCUCAUGUAAACGGGAACGGUAAUGGAACCCUAAAUGGAAGCCUAAACGGUAACCUAAACGAUGAAGAAUGUUACCUUGCUGUUAAUCCUCCAUCUGAUCGGAUCCAAGAUAUAGAAAUGCACCCAAGUGAGCCGCACUGGUUGAAUGACUUCAGCGGGGUGAUAAAGAAUGUAUACGGACCAGUUACAGCCGCAAAAACUAUCUACGAGGACGAACAGGGUUACUUGAUUAUCAUCAGUCUACCCUUUGUAGACCUUGCAAGUGUGAAAGUUUCAUGGAGGAACACUCUGACUCACGGUAUCAUCAAAGUUUCUUGUAUGAGCACAUCUCGAAAGCCAUUCAUCAAGAGACGCGAUAGAACAUUCAAGCUUACAGAUGCAUCCUCAGAACACUGCCCUCCUGGAGAGUUUGUCCGCGAAAUCUCUCUCUCAACCAGAAUUCCUGAAGAUGCUAAUCUGGAAGCAUAUUACGACGAGCCAGGAUCAGUGCUGGAGAUCAUGGUGCCAAAACAUCGCGUCGGACCAGAAGAACACGAAGUCCGCGUUUGCCUCCGCCCUCAUCUGGGAGGGAAUGAUCUUAUGUUGACUUGAGAUAGACCGUUAUAAAAUAUUGUUAGGGUUGUUGGUAGUACUAGUAUGGCGGGUUUAUCAUAGUUUUUCUAACUUGUACCAUGCUGUUUUAUUUGUCUUGCUUUUGUAUCUAGCAAAGUAUAGUUUAGCUUACUCAUUGCCCUGGUUCCUUUUUUGUUCCAGUGCAUUUUCAAGCUUUUGAUUGUAAGCAAACAUUUAUCAUUUAUAAGAAAUUAUGAUUAUCAUCCUA